GCGCUGGAACGCCAGUAGGAGACACUCAGGUACGAGACGCCACUCAGAGAGCCAACGAGUGUAUGUACACUCGCUGCCUUCGCGGAAAUCAAGUUAUCUUAGGCACACAUUAUGCGAGAGAUCGUUCAUAUACAAGCUGGACAGUGUGGAAACCAAAUCGGCUCCAAGUUCUGGGAGGUGAUCAGUGACGAGCAUGGUAUCAGUCCCACUGGGAUCUACGAAGGUCAACACGAGAUACAACUAGAGAGAAUUAAUGUAUAUUAUACUGAAGCAACAGGUGGGAAGUAUGUACCGCGGGCCGUGUUGGUGGACCUGGAACCUGGAACUAUGGACUCGGUCCGUGCUGGACCAUUCGGACACCUCUUCAAACCAGAUAACUUUGUCUUUGGUCAGAGCGGCGCUGGUAACAACUGGGCUAAGGGUCACUAUACUGAAGGCGCCGAGCUGGUAGACUCUGUAAUUGACAUUAUCAGGAAGGAAAGUGAGAAUUGCGACUGUUUACAAGGUUUCCAGUUGACCCACUCCCUGGGUGGUGGUACUGGGUCCGGUAUGGGCACGCUGCUCAUCUCCAAGAUCAGGGAAGAGUACCCUGACCGUAUCAUGAAUACUUUCUCUGUUAUGCCCAGCCCGAAGGUUUCAGACACAGUAGUGGAGCCGUACAACGCAACUCUGUCAAUCCAUCAACUGGUUGAGAACACGGACGAGACAUAUUGUAUAGACAACGAAGCUCUCAAUGACACAACUCUCAUCUCUUAG